AUGUUAGCUCGUGGUGUAAGAAAUGUUAUUUAUAAUUAUACCGAUGCACAGAGAAAAGUUCGAGAAGCAACAAGCAAUGAUGCAUGGGGGCCAUCACCGGCGCUUAUGCAUGAAAUAGCUGAUUUAACACAUAAUGUUGUUGCCUAUGCUGAAAUAAUGCCCAUUGUAUGGAAACGUUUAAAUGAUCACGGUAAAAAUUGGCGACAUGUUUAUAAAUCCCUUGUCCUAUUAGAUUAUUUAAUUAAAUAUGGCAAUGAACGUGUUAAUCAACAAUGUAAAGAAAAUAUAUUUGCUAUUCAAACAUUAAAAGAUUUUCAAUAUAUUGAAGAUAAUAAAGAUCAAGGUUUUAAUGUUAGAGAAAAAGCAAAACAAUUGGUCUCAUUAUUAAAAGAUGAUGAACGUUUGAAAAAUGAACGACGAAAAGCGCAAGAAGGUCGAAACAAUUACUAUCAACAAGCAAUGGGAAUGGACUCAAAUGGUGCAAUAACAUACGGAAGACAAACAGCACCAGUAAGACGAAAUAGUACAAAUGAUAUAACACAAGCAAAUAGUGAUUAUCCGUCGAACAAUAAUUAUAUGAGUAAUACAAACACCGUAAGAUCAUCGUCGUUCAAUGAUGGAAUAAACACACAUACUAAAAAAGAAUUUGUACAACCAACAAAUCAAGAAGAAGAACAAUUACAAAUGCAAAUUGCUCUAGCUGAAUCUCAACGUGAAGCAGAAGAAGAAGAAAGACGACGACGAAAUGAUGAUUUAAGAUUAAAAAUGGCAUUGGAACGAUCAGUUAGUGAAAAUUCAACUGAUGCAAAUCAAGCGCAGUCAUUCGAUAUGUCUAACCCAAGUCAGCUCGAUCCAUCAUUAUUUACUCAACGUCCAAUGGAUCAUACAACAUGGAAUGAUGCGAAUCCCGCAUCAGACUUUGGAUGGAAUACAAAACCCACAAAUAACAGUGGCUUCUCAUCGUACGACACAUCAUCACGUACAAACGAUCCAUGGUCAUCAGAGCCAGCUACUGCUUUAGCAUCUUCAACAUUAGAUCCUUGGCAAUUGCCUAAUUUAAAAUCUUCAGCAUGGCAAGGAAAUACUAUUGGACUCAAUUCUCAAAAUAAUUCUCUACCACGUACAUCAACAUCACCAUUGUUAAUAACAAAUAAUACAGCGGCAACAACAACAAAUAAUAAUCCUUGGGAUAGCUUAACAAAUGAUUCUCAUACAAUAACAGCAUCAUCAGAUGAUCCAUGGGGUUUAAGUACAGGCGAUCCACGAAAUAAUUCACAUACAACAAAUAUUUCUCCAUCUCAAAAUGAUCAAAGGCAUACAACAAAACAAGCAGAUAAUGAAUUAAAUGAAUUUUUUGGGGUGACCGAUAAUUAUUCAAAGACGGUUUCUUCAUCGGCAUUUUCUACUACAACAACAUCGACAAAUCCAUGGAAUAUGCCCUUGUUAUCUACUAAUUUGCCGCCACAAACAACAUCACCAAUUCAAAAUUCAUUUUCAUCAUCCGAUUUAUCAAAAAAUAUGCUAUAUCCGACUAUACCAAGUAAACCAAAUCAAACCAGUCAAAGUCCGUUUCCAGCCAAUAGUUCUGCUGCUGCCUCUAGAAAAACACCGGAAUCAUUUCUUGGAGACAAAUUCAUUGGACUUGUUAACCUUGAUAAGCUUGUCACUGAACCAAAAACCACAAAUCCAUUUGGUGCAAAUCCACGUGCACCUAAUCCGUUCGCUCAAACUGUCAAACCACCGACUUUAGAGCAAUUAAGUUCGGUGACUAAUACAAGCGGUUUUUCACAACCACCAACAUUGCCUCCACCGUUGAUUCCACUCUCAAGUUCUCUUGCACCAACUCCACCACCAGAUAAUGACGAUUGUUGGAAUCAUCUAAAAACUUAUUUGAGACGUUAUCGAAAUGCCUUAAACUUAUUAAAUGAAGCAUGUUCAAAAUGGAAAAUAAUUCAUCAUGAAACACCAUUACUAUUUAUUUUACAAUUAGGUGAUAUUAUUGAUGGUAUAUCUUUUAAAAAUGGAAAAUCUGAUCAAGAUUUAAAAACAAUUUUAGAACCGUUUAAUCAAUUGAAAUCAGAGAUUCAUUGUCAAAUUUAUCAUCAUUGGGGUAAUCAUGACUUUUAUAAUUUUAAACGAGAAAUACUACAUUCAUUACCAUUAUGUUCAUUUGAUACAAAACAAAUUUAUCCUGCACAUUAUGGAACAUUUGAAGUAUGUAAACAUUUACGUAUUAUAUCGCUUGAUACAUAUGAAACAAGUGGAUUAGGUGUGGAUAAAACAAGUACCGUUUAUCAACAAGCAGUUGAUAUGUUAAAAAAACAUAAUAGUAAUGAUAAUUUGAAUGAACCAGGUAAUUUAAGAGGACAUCAAAAACGAUUUGUGUUAUUUAAUGGUGGUGUAAGUGAUAAACAAUUAGAAUGGUUAAAUAGACAAUUAGCUGAAGCAGUGGAAAAUAAUGAAAAAAUUAUUAUUACGGGUGAGAAUCAGCGUCAUAAUCCAAUUCAUCCAAGUGCUUGUAAUAACAUGUGUUUGUUGUGGAAUUAUAAAGAAGUUCUAGAUAUAUUAUGGCAAUACGAUUGUGUUAUUGCUGUUAUAUGUGGUCAUGAUCAUGAUGGCGGCUAUUUUCGUGAUCGAAAAAAUAUUCAUCAUUUAACAUUUUCGGCGAUUGUCGAAACGAAUCCAAAUACGAACGCUUUUGCUACUGUUCAUGUAUAUCCAGACUGUUUAUUAAUUCAAGGUGUCGGUCGGAUUAGUACAUAUCAAAUUGAUUGUCAAGAGAAAGAAAGAAAAACAAUGAGAUUAUAUAAUCGAGCGGUGCUUAUACAUCGGCGAAUUAUUUAUCAGCCUUGGAAAGAUCAGGGUAUUUCAAUGUUAAAAUAUGCCACUGAGCAUAUUCCACAUAUUGUAUUUGGAGUACCGUUAGCAGUUUUUUGUAUGGCUGUAUAUGGCUUCAAAAGUGUUUACAAAGCGAAUAAAUAUCAAUAUAAUGUAUAUAAACGACGUUGUAUGGUUCGUCGACCAGAGGAUGUACCACUAGAAUAUCGUCCGUUUUGCAGUUAA